ACCAUAGCAGACUCACCCUCACUUUCUCAAACCAGCUCUGUCCUGGGAGCCUUUCCCCCAAAUCUCGACUUCCUGAGAUGGCUGGUCCUGGGCAGCAACUCUGGUACCAAGUCUGUCUGCUUCAGCCCAUCCCAGUGACACAGAGUACCCCAUCACAACGCUUUGCCUUCUGUUCAUUUUCCUACCUGGAGCAGGCAGGUCCCAAGCCCUCGCUCUGUCUGUACCCUCUGCCACACCUUCAUCCCCCCUCCCAUGUCUUCUAACUUUCCCUUGGCUUCACAGCACCCACUAGAGCCAAGAUUUACUCCUAUGGCCAGCCCUGGGCAGCCUGCGCCUGGGGAGGGCCAGCAGGAAGAGGAGACAGAGGGAGUCUCAGCAGGGCAUCGUGCGGAAGUGCUGCAGCAGGCCCAGGAGCUCUUUCUGCUGUGUGACAAGGAUGCUAAGGGCUUCAUCACUAGGCGAGACUUACAGGGCCUACAGAGUGAUCUGCCCCUUACGCCUGAGCAGUUGGAGGCUGUGUUUGAAAGUCUGGACCAGGCUCACACUGGCUUCCUCACAGCCCGGGAGUUCUGCCUAGGCCUGGGGAAGUUUGUGGGAGUAGAGUGGGCCCAAAGUGGGUCCUCCUUGAGGACGCCUGAGGAAACCUUUGAGUCAAGCACAGGGGGCUCUCUGGAAGAGGACGACGAUGUUGAGACAUUCUGCACUUCUUUAGAGAAGCUAGGAGUGGCCCGGGUUCUGGGCGAGCAAUGGGCGGUGAGAACUCUCUGGGUCGGGCUGCAGCGCGAGCGACCCGAGCUCCUCGGCUCCCUGGAGGAAGUUCUGAUGCGCGCGUCGGCCUGCCUGGAGGCGGCGGCCCGGGAGCGCGACGGUUUGGAGCAGGCGCUGCGGCGGCGGGAGAGUGAGCACGAGAGAGAGGUGCGCGGACUCUACGAAGAGCUGGAGCAGCAGCUGGGGGAGCAGCGACACCGCGGCCAGAGCCAGAAACUAGCCCGGGAGGAACAGAGGGGCCACCUGGAAUUGGAGCUGCAGACCCGCGAGCAGGAGCUGGAGCGCGCAGGCCUGCGGCAGCGGGAGCUGGAACAGCAGCUUCAGGCUCGGACUGCGGAGCAGCUAGAGGCACAGGCCCAGCACACCCAGCUGCGUAGGGCUUAUGAGGCCGUGCGGGCACAGCUGGAUCAGGCGCAAGAGCAGCUCAGCCGACUGGAGGGCGAAGCGCAGGGUCGUCAGGAGCAAACCCAAAGAGAUGUGGUUGCUGUCUCCAGGAACAUGCAGAAGGAGAAACUCAGCCUCCUAAGGCAGCUGGAGCUGCUGAGGGAGCUAAACCUGCGGCUUCGGGAUGAGAGAGAUGCCUGUGAGACUAAGCUGCUGGGCAGCAGUCAUAGGAAGGCUCUAGCUAUUGCCCACAAGCCUGGGCCCACCUACUGCUGCUGCUGCUGUGGCUGGGCUCGGCCCCCCAGAAGAGGUUCUGGCCAUCUUCCUAGUGCACGAUGACCAGCCCCAAAGGACUCACUGGGACUUUCUUAUGACCAGCCGGUUAUGUGUGGUGGUUGUCUGCUAAGUAUGUGGCCAGAAGGCAUCACCUGCCUGAAGGAGCUAACCUCUGAGUGGUCAAGGCCUUCCGUCUCCAUCCUGUCUUCAUCUCUGUUUAGAGGACCAAUAAAGGCCACUGACCACUGUGUGCUUCUUGCCUUUUGUGUGUCUGGAAAGCACAGCACAUUUGUGGUUCAUGCUUGGCGUCCGUUGCACAAGGGAGACAUGGAGAGAUUCACAGGUUCAUACUAACCUGCCAUUCCCGUGGCUGUGGGUUCCUGUGUGCUUGUGUAUGUUCUGUGAGUCUGGUCCCUUCCUCACCAAGGACUCAGGUUUCAGCAAGCGUCCACUCCCAUGCCAGUCCUUAUGUGGAAAGGGAGUCUUGCCCCUCACUUCCAUGGUCAGCUACUCUGGUCCAGGCCCUUACUCCCUUAUCCUCUGGCACCGUUCCUAGACAGGCCAUAUGCCCUCCUGACUUGGUACUUCUUGCAGGGCCCUCACGUGUCCGUGGUUUUCCCGGCACUCAUCACCACACUGUACCUGGAGCUUCUCCUCUGGCAUUUCCUCAGCCGCUAGAACCUGCAGUCUCAGAGUGGUUCCCUGGCUUUGAUUGGAGGAGAAUUUGGUCUUGGUCUCAGUUCUGGGCAAUGGUGGUCUAGAUGCCACCUUCUCCACCUCUCCACUCCCCAUCCGGGUUCUGCCUCCAGCCUAGCUCCUCUGUCUCUGAAUGAGUAGGGGGUCUUGGUGACCACCGGCGCCCUCAAGUCAACUUUCCGGCCGCACAGACGGGGCAGGUUCCAGGUCUCGCCGUGCUGUGAGGUCUCCCGCGCGCCGUUGCACCAAACCGGUUGGGACUUGCCCAACCCAGGCCGGCCG